CGACCACUUAAUGCUUUUAUGCUAUACCGGAGCGAAAGAAAGGUUCUUUUUGGCAGUCGUUUUCAUGCAAAAGAGGUCUCUAAAAUGCUCGGCCAGAUGUGGAGACGGGAGCCAGACACUACUAAGGCGUUUUACCAGAAAAAGGCAGAUAGAAUGAAACUGGAACAUUUGUCGAAAUAUCCUGAAUACAGGUAUCUCCCACAAUCAAGAAAGAAAACCACAGCAAAACAACACAAUGAUAGUGAUGCA